UCCAAAGAAAACUCCCUCCAAUCUUCUCUCCACACAAAUCCAACGAUCAUAAAUUCUUUCCCUUUUCUGCUCUGCUUUUCCAAACUUCCCAACUUCGUCUUCUCCGAUCGGCCAAUUCAAUCCCCAAAGCUCAUGGAUUUGCCGGAGGAAUGCUGGCAAUCGAUCUUCAAUUUCGUCGAUCACCGCCACCGAUUCUCCUCUCUCUCUUUGGUCUGCAAGCAAUUCCUCUCCAUCACCAACGACCUCGUCACCGCCCUCGCCGUUCUCGAUCCAACGCUUCCUCUUCUUCCCGAUCUCGUCCGAAGAUUCCCGAAGCUUCGGAAGAUUGACCUGAGUGGUCUCCGCGGCGACAUCGACGGAAUUCUCUCUCAACUGGCGGAAACCGAUUUGGCUCUGGAAGAAAUCGAUGUCUCCAAUCGGAGGAGUGUCUCCAUUCGUAGGAACCUUCCGAUCCACGGUUUGCGAUCGGUUGGCCGACCGAAAGUUUCGAGAUUGAGGCGUUUGAAUUGCUCCAAAAUCGGAUCCUUACGGGACAGCGAUUUGAAUUUGAUUGUGGAAUCGUUCCCGUUUCUUGAAGACCUCGAUAUUAGCUUUCCCGAGCUUGGAUUUUCCAAUUCCGGUGGUGUUUGGACACCGAUAACCGAUGCUGGGAUUUUGUCGCUGUCGUUGAAGCUCAAGGGUUUGAGGAAGAUCAACCUCUCUGGUAAUCACUUCAUCACUGAUCGGUCCCUUGCGUAUCUUUCUGCGAACUGUUUGUUGUUGAAUGAGAUUGUGAUACAUUGCUGUGACUUCAUAACCCAAAAUGGCAUUGCUUUGUUGUUCCGUCGCUGUGCUAAUUUGAAUUCAGUAUCGGUGUUCCGAAUUAGGUUUUCUUUGGAUGAUUCCACGUUCAAUUAUUCGUUGUUAUGUGCAAAAGCUUUACGUGCUGUUGAUUUUACUGAAUCUGUUAUCUCCGACGAAUUGCUUUAUUCGAUUGGAGAAGCAUCUCUGCCGUUGAAUAAGCUCAUUCUGGCUAAUAGCUGCGGCUUUACAUAUAAUGGUAUUUCAUUUCUGCUGUCUAAGCAUCGGUCCAUUCAGCACUUGGAUCUUCAAGAAGUGAAUUUCCUCACAGACGAGUACAUGAUUACGUUGUCGGAAUUUCUCCAUAGUGUAACUUACAUAAACCUUAGUAUGUGCUAUAAGUUGACAGAUUCAACCUUCUUCUGCCUCACAAGAAACUGUCCUUUUUUGAAUGAAAUCAAGAUGGCUGGUACAAAUCUAGGUGCCGAAGAUUCCACUUUUAGCGCCGGUUCUGUUGCCAAUACUCGAGUCAAGUCUUUGAACUUGGCUCAAAAUCGUUCUUUGGGCAAUGAAAGUAUCAAGACCUUUGCAUCUCUUUGCCCCGAUUUGCAAAUGCUCGAUUUAAGCAAUUGUGUGGGAAUCACAGAAGAAGGCGUUUUAGAAGUUUUAAGGAGAUGCCCUGAGAUUAGGCACCUGGGAAUGAAUCAAUGCAUUGGGAUCGAGAAUUUUUUGGUGGACUUCGAACUUUCCAACUUGGAGGUAUUGUGUGCAUGGGGUUCGGGAAUUGAUGAUUAUGGAUUGGCAUUGAUUGGAAAAAGAUGUCCCCAGCUGCUGCAGUUGGACUUGACUGGUUGCUUGGCCGUGACGGCGAAAGGAGUGAAGGAAGUAGUGCAGAGCUGCAGAGCAUUGAGGGAGAUAAAUCUCAAGUGGUGUAACAACGUGAGUGUAGAUAUUGUUGCUUUGAUGGUAUUCACAAGGCCAUCGCUUAGGAAAAUAGUCCCACCUUGUGGUUUCGUUCCUAGUGAGAGCCAGAGGAACCUUUACCUGCGCCAUGGGUGUCUUAUAUGUGAGCGUUAGCUUUUCUA